AACAGCAAGGCAAAUAUAACGAUUCAAGAAAUUUUAGGAAGCAACACCACCGUCAAAAAAAAAAGAAGCACAACUUUGCUGGGAUAAAUGUGAAUAAUUGGCUAAUUUUUUAUUUGUCAAAAUUUUGGCCCCAUUCAUUCUUCCGCUAAGCCGCGCGGAAAGAAAAACCAAGCGAAGGGCUCCCAUUCCGAGUUAAGUAACAUAGGUUAUAGGUGUUUUCACGUGCGCAUCACCAUAUUGGUUCUGAAAAUUGGCAGUGUAUUUUUUGCUUUAAGAAGUGCUUGACCUCUUUUCCAUUUUGUCAUUUUAUUUGCUUUUUUUUUUAUUUUUUUCACCCUUUGAACCUUUCAAAAGCAUGCUCGCGCAAAAAAUGCUGCUGCUUAAAAGACCUUUUCUCCCUGCGCGAGCUGCCCCCUUUUGCGCACAACGGAAGGUGGGCAGAUGCAUUACGUACUAUACAAAGUCACACGAAUACAUCAAAAUAAAUGAUGAACACUUGACCGAAUUGAAAAAGAAAAACAACGUAAAAUGCAAAAUAGGCAUUAGCAAUUAUGGAACAGAAAAAUUGGGGGAAAUAGUGUAUAUCGACAUUUCGCAUAACGUAAAUGAGUACGUAAAGAAGGGGGACUGCAUCGCAACGGUUGAGAGCGUCAAAAGCGUGGGGGAUGUGUACACCCCCAUCAGUGGCCAAAUUGUCGACAUCAAUAACAAAAUAGUCGACAACGUAAAUUUAAUGAACGAAAAUUCGGAAACCGAUGGGUGGAUUUUGGAACUGCUGACCAACGAGGUGAAUGAAAAGGAAAUAAUGAGCUUCUCCGAAUAUAAGAAAAUGUGCGAAGAGGAAGAGCAAAGGGAAGCAACCAAAAUACAGCAGAGUGAACGGGACUGUCUUGAGGAAAAAAACAAAAAUAAAAUUUUCGAUUUGAACGACAUUAAGAGUAUUGAAGAGAAGGGCAAAAAAUAA